AUGUCCGAUGCAGACGGAAGGCCGUCAACAGUUGCCUUCAACAGACUGCCAGACGAGAUCAUCGAGCAGAUCCUCCUCUUGACCGAACCGAACUCUUUCGCAUCCCUAAUCCUCCUCAAUUCGAAUUGGCGGCGAGUUUCGCAGCAGGCGCAUCUUUAUGCCCACCAUCUUGCGCUAUGCCCGGCGACGUACGGCAACAAACUUUCCCCCUCCUCGGUGACCGACGACGACCUGCCGAGGUUGCGGCGCUUGUUCUCCCAGCAAAUCAAGCGGAACCUGUUCGACGCCUACGUACGGCCAAAAGUGACACACAUCACGCUCAUCUCGAACGCCAUCAGUUCCUCGUCUGCGCCUGGUGGUGAUGGCCUCCAGUUCAGCCACUCGCUUCGCGGUCACCACUUGCUCGCUUACAAUUCGUCCCGGAUUUAUGUAUUAGACGUGCAGGGGCCAAAGGUGGAAGCUAAGCGGGAGUUCAAAAUCUUGCGCCGCCCUGCCGCGGUAUGCAUUGUCGAUGACGGCAGCCUAUUGGCAGUGCUGUCGACAGACAUGCAGAUCGAACUAUAUGACCUUAGCCAGACGCCGCCACGGCGCAAGCAGUCCCUCAUCCUGGACCAUUUGCCACGUGCGAUCGCGUUGUCGCCGUGUGGGAGCGUGCUUGCUGCGGCUUAUCAGGGCGGCAUCGAGGUGCAAUCCAUUGCGCCAGGCGCCUUACCGACAGAGAGACGAGCAGUCAAGUGCGACGCCGUAGACUCACUAGCUUUCUCGUUUGACGGUACGCAGUUGCUCGGCACGACUUCGACCUCGCAGCCGCCAAACACGGUUAUACUUACCGCACCGUACUACGACCCGGGAAGCCAGAUGCUGGAGAGCAAUGUUUCGGCAAUGUGGACUACUUCAAUAUUGUUCCCAAAUACGAGCAGGGAUUGCAGCCAUGCUGUCCUGCUGCAGGAGACGAGUUCCGUCGAGGCCGAGUGGUCGUUCACAUAUGACAGAAGUUUCGAGACAUUUCGUGCGGUGCGCAUCGACGACUUGCGCAACGGCACGACAUACUUUCCCGGACCUGUUCCCAAUGUUGAUACUACUGGCGCGCUAAUACCGUCAACAUUACCGGCUGCGAAUCUCGGCGGACAACUUGUCUCCGCCGGUUUUGAGUCCAAGGAUGUUUGGGUGUAUGGAGUGCCCGAAGAUCUCGAGGCUGUCCCGGAGCCGGCCGCAGGCUCUGCCUCUACAGGAGGUGGUGGGCUCACCCGUGGCUUGUCGAACCGCUCUACGUCUCGCCAGCAAGAGGGCACAUUGGAUAGAGUACCACAGUGGCAGGUGCUCUGUGACAAGCUGCGGAACAACUUUGUCUAUGGUCGCAAGGUGGUGGAGUUGGAAGGACUUGGCAGCAUGAAAUGGGUAUCAAGGUCGCCGGGCAGUGGUCUUCUGGAACGGCUCGUUGUCUGUGCAAAGGGAGCUCAGCCGGCAAAGCCGAUCACGGAGGAGGACGACAUGAACGCUGUCGACGGUGGGCGCGUGACGAUCAUCGACUUUGACUAUUCUCCGAAUCACGGCAGCACGGAAGAGAUCACCAUAGAUGUCGGAACGCCGCAGGCCGAGAUCCUCGAGGAAGAGCAGCGCGACCUUGCCACGGAAGUCGCGAUUGUUCGGAGGCGGACAGUAGCGCAACAGAGAGGUGGACGAGGCGGUGCCGCUGCGCGAGCCGCCAUCGCUGCUCGCCACGCCAACAACAACAAUCUCGUCCCACCUUUGCCAAAGCGCGAGCAGGACGAAGAAGAUCCACUUCUGCCUCGGCGCAUGGCGACGGCCCGCGACAGAGCACCACCCAGGGAGCAAGAGGACAUUGAAGACGCCACACUCGAAGAGGUACAGGAAGCUCUUGACGCCCCUUAUGGCCAUGCUGACCCCCGAUCCGUAACGAGCUUGCGACGAGCGGCGACUGCAGCUGCCAUGAGUCGUCGCCGUGUUCCCCAGGCAGCCGCAGCUGGUCCCGUCGAGUAUCGGCGAGCGGAUGGCAGAAGAGAGCAUCCGCAUGAGAGCGAUGCGGAUAAUUGGGUGCCACCACCUCCUCCUUAUAGCAAGGACGAUCCGGUGGAUCUUCCUGCGUUUCUUCGGAACGCGGCCAUUCCAGGUGCUGCAGUCGACGAGGACCCCGUGCAGUCGCAGCAACAAUCAAGUAUCCCGGCAGUGCCACCCCUACCUCGGACCGCAUCAGUGGCGAGCCGCCAUGAUCUGCCUCGACUGCGGACGUCGCCGCCACCUACACAGCGACGCAUCUCGCUUGUUGAUCAAUCUUACUCGAUGACCUCAGUAUCCGCUGUCACGACUGCUGCCAGCACCCAUAGCUCGAGUGGUAGCGGACCGGCCGAUGUACCGCGGCAUCUACCCGUGCUCCGUACUAGUCAGAUCCUCACCUCUCGUGAUGGCGAGGAGGACUUGUAUGAUGUGUCUCCCCCGGGAUCUCCCCAAAUGGCUGCAGUUGGCAUUUCGCCGCAAACCACUGGUCAUACUUCAGGGUCGCAGCCCCUCACCUCUAUCAGCACAAACAGCACUUCGCAGGGCAAUCAUAAUCUGCCGCAACAAAUCCCUACGCUUCCCGGGGCCAGGGAGCCGGAACCUGAGGCACAAGCCAGUCCUGCUUCGCGAUUCCGUCGGCUUUCGAAUAGCCUUACUUGGCCGCGAGUUCCUCGGUCCUCUCAGUCACAGGCUACUUCCUUGACCCCCACACCGAAAGGCUAUCCAUAUUCUGCGCCUCCGCGUACAUUGGAUGAGGAAGAAUCGCUCCGAUCAGCACCGCCGCCACUGCCACGACCUGACCAGAUGUUUAGCCUACAUAACCGGCAGAACAGUAUGCCCUCACGUCGAGCUUCGGGAAUGGUUCAAGGCCCAGUAACGGAGUCGACGAACAGCCAGAUUCACAGUGAUCAGCUGGACCGUCAGCUACCAAUGCUUUCUGCCUUGAGCAUAUCGCAACAGGCAUCAACAGUGCCCGAUCAGCCACUUAUCAUCAGCACGCCACAAGGGAUAUCUGGUGCCUUUGACACUCCGGACUCACAGAGCUCAGGACGGCAGCGGCCACAAGAAGGCGACACCAGAAUCAUUCACGCGCCAAUAGCCCGGCAUCCACGCCCGAUCCCUGGAUCCCUCACGCGCGAAUCGACAGCUGAGCGGCUCGAAACCAUCUACAGCCCCCGGACUAUGCAGGAGUCUGGUACGACAGGAACGCAGCCCCUGACCGCCUCAUCUUUGCGGUACCACACGAGUAUGACACGCCGCGAAAGCCGCGCCCGGCGGAGCGCAGCGAGGAACAUGCAGGAUGCCAAGGGUCGGGGAUGGCGCAGCGUCAGCAGCGUCGGCGGCGGCAAGAAGAAGAAGGGCAAGUCGCGCAAGAACAACCGCGGUGGGGGCGCCGAUGACGCCGCCAGCAACGGGGGCUGGACGGACGUCACGUGGGCGUCCAAAGCGCCUCGCAAAGGCGGCCCUGGUGGAAAAUCAAAGAAGUGCAUCGUUAUGUGA